AUGCUCUCGAGCGCGGAAACACCACGACCUCUGCCACCAGCCAAGGCGAGGAGGGCUAAUGCAGCCCACCGGAACUCAACGUCAUCCACCCCGCCUCCUGCGUACGGUUCGCCGUUUACGUUCCCUCGAAGGACGGCGCCGCACUUGUCUGGUCUCACUAACCUUGGACAUGGGCAGGGGAAAAUACUCGGAUCUCCGAUGGCGACCACGUUUCAGAUGGUGGGGUGGGGUGUGGAUGGUGAUGCAGGCUUGGUAGAGGGGGAGGCGGAUUGGAUGAGCGAGAAGUCGCGUGAGGAGCUCAAGGAGCUGCUGUUCAAGGCGGAUGGGAUCAUCAAAGAGCGGGAGAACGAGCUUGGUCUGACCUCUGCGGUGUGCAAGAACCUGUAUGACAACCACGUCGUCCUACAAUCAAAGCAUGAAGCUCUGCUCUCUCGCAUCCCGAUGUCGCCAGCGCGUUCUACUUCUUCCCCUGAACACCUCUCGCGGCUCUCGCGGAGCAGUACCACUAGCUUGAGUUACUCCAACUCUGAGUCGGCACUCGGCAACCCUUCCCCUCUCUCUCGCCAGCACCAUGGCCAUCGACAUACCCGCAAAGUGUCGAUCGCGUCUACUGAUAUUUCAAUGCUUGCGGACCAGAACGCUGAGCUGCUGGACAAGCUGCAGCGUCUGGAGGAGGAAGCUACUUCUGCUGAUGCAGCUGGACGGCGCGAGCUCAAGCGACUCGAGAAAGAAAUCGCCUUCUUGAGAGAGGCGCUAGAGAAGACCCAGGCAAAGAGCGAGGCACUUGAGGAGAAAGUGCAGGACGCUGUCGUCGGUGAGGCAUGGAGGCGGAAGAAGGAGCGUGAAGCCAAGUUCCGGGCGAUGCGUAGCGCUCGACGCAGCGAGGACGCAGAGGAGGUGAAGAGCUUCGCGCCGGAGGGUUCAAAGUUUGGUGGGCCCAGCGACGCUUUUUCUUUCUUCCCGUCAGCGGAGAGCCCGCGACAGCAAGGCUUGUCAUCGAGCAGCAGUGCGAGCGACAUGCCCUUAGGCUCACUGGCACCUGCUGAGCACGCUUUGAUCACUCAGCUGCUGAAGAAGGUCCAAGAGCUCGAGGAGACGAACUCGAAGAUCCUGACGCAGCAGACCGAGACGGCAAAUCAACUCAAUGCGGUGCAGAGGGACACAGUGGCAAUCGCGAAGGUAUACGAGUGCCUCGGGGACCAAGACUCGAUUGAGCUGGAGCUUGAGGUGGAGAAGGAGCACGAAGAACCUCAAUUCGUCGAUGAAGAGCAAGAGGACGCGGACAUAAAUGCGGCUAGGAACACGAUUAGAUUUAGCAGCCUCCGACGGACGAUUGAGAGGGACAUGGUCGCCGACGGGACGUGUAUCGUUCAUCCCGACUUUAGUGCCGCCGCAGCAUCGUCGACGAAAGCACGCAAGACCGUCCUCGGGCUCUUUGACGAGCGGCGAGAGGACGCCGGUGGGGUUGAAGACGAUUCUUCAGGCGACAAAUCGUCCUCGCUAUGGAGCGAAGGUCACGACUGCUCUUCGUGGUCGUCCAUCGCCAGUGUGGGUGUCGGCGGUGGCUCACUCUCGCCAUUGCAUUUCUUCUCCCCCCUGUCACAGUCGCACAGUCAGUCCCAGUCCCAGUCGCAUUCGCGAUCACACUCCUACUCCCACCCGCCAGCAGACAUCUCACCACUAGGCCCUUCGCUGCAGAAGGAGCUUGAGCAGCAGCUCGGUACCGGUGCAUGGAACAUGCCUAUGAGUCUGACUUCGAGUGGUGGGAGGGGCCCAAGCCAUCUACGGACCUCGAGUCUUUACGACUUUAGUCAGAUUUCCGUCCCACCAUCGCCUUCGCCUGAAUCGCGGUCGGCAGCACGGAGAGGCUCGGACGAGCUGGACUUCGAGGCGAUGGAAAAGAUGAAGGCUGCGAGCCAAGUUGGCCUAGGUAUUGGUCAUGCAGGUGCCGGAGAUGCAGAAGAGGACACCGCGGAGGAAGAGGAGGAACGCACACCACUACUGGGUGCGGGCAAUGCCAACUCGCUGAAGUUGUCUCUGGAGCCUCCAACUCCGGUCAAGGCAGAGAGUCAUAAGGCUCAUUCUGUUACUCCAACGGCGACAGCGAGUGCGAUCGCGAAUGCGAAGUCUCCGCGCAUGCAGAUGAUCUCGGAGACGAUCCGUUCGAGAACGCAUCGGUGGGUAGACCGACGGUUCAAGGAUCGCAAGGCCAGCCAAAGAGAUGGCGAGAGGAAGUGGCGAGCUGGGGCGGAGGAUGAGUAUGAGGAAGAUGUCCAAGUCGCCACGGCUGGCGGUGUGGUGGGCAUGCCGAAACGCCUGUCCUUGGCGGUGGAUAACCUGAUCGAGAACUUCCAGAUGCUCAAUGGUGGUCGAACGGGCAAGAGGAAAGCUAAGGCCAGGCCUAGGACGAAUUACACGGACGAGGAGGCCGAGUAUGACCGCGACGAAGACGACGAUGGAGCCUACGACUCGCCUUCGCCCUCGCCGUUCACCCCACGCAAGCUAGACCAGCAUAACGCGCUCCAGCUACACGUAGAUACCUCUCCAGAGGGGUACGAGACGAACAACGAACAGGAGAACAGGAGCCUUGUCAAGAUGGAGGCUAGUCCCCAGAAGAAGGCUGACGCUGGACAAGGAAGCAUGCUUCUCCAGGCGUGGCUCUGGUUGCAAUUCGUUAUUAUCAUCCUCGUGUUCCUCGUCACGAUGGCGAAGAAAGGUCCUGCGGUCGUCCUUUCGGAGGAGAAUAGGCAUCGUGACAGGAGGGCUGUUGUUCGCAGGAGAUGA